AGUGAAGUUUCGACAAGACUUCGACCUGGAGCACCAACAUCUCCUCCCACGAGACGAGGAAAAGAAUGUGAUCCCGAAAAUAGAGGGCUGGGAUUUCGGCAAUUGUGCCGAGAACAAUCCGUUGGCACAUCUAGCAUACUGGAAACAAAACUUACCAAUCCGACUUCAUUCGAUUUAUACGACAAAUCAGAAAGACAGGCCACCUUGCAAGUAUUGUCUUGCGAUCUUGAAGCACAAUACUCCCACGAUGUUCCCUCACUUCUUAAUAUAUUAAAAAGUUUUUAUCCUUUUAAUGAAACAAGCGGCGAUGUCUUGGAGAAUUUUGAAAUUAAUAAUUUCUUUGAGCUUUAUGGUAUUUCUAAUGUUCGUCCAAUCCUUGCAAGUAAUGAUGAUCAUGUCUUUUGGUUAGAAGACACUGCUGGUAUUAUCUAUAUGUGGUCUCGUGUAGAAUGGUCCAUGUCAUAUUUAGGACGUGAUUUAAGAGAAGCUUUGGUAAACUACCUUUUCCACCAAGAUAAUAUUUGUUAUGUCGUUGAGUGCACUCAUGAAAUUAUACCAAAGAAUGAAAUCAAACAAAAAGCUAGAGAAUUAGCAGAUUCAAUCAAGAUUAUCGAUAUUGACGAUAUUGUAACUAAAGAGUCACCUAAUCCAGUAAAAAAAAACGAAAAAAAAGG